AUGUCUGACGAACGCUCCAGAGAAUUUCAUCAUCGUCCACCACCGUUAACUUACGCUCGAUAUCGAACAAUGCAACCUAUACGAAUACAAGCUGAAAUUACGCAUGAGCCAGUACUGCAAAGAGUGGUCAAACGCAACCGAACACUGUCUUUAACAUCUGCUGAUGAAUCUAUGACAAUAACACAACCUAGAAUUGAUGUCACUGAAUUAGUCAAACAAAUUGAGAUACGAAAUUCUAAGGACAACAUUCAACCCCCGAUAAUUAAACCAAAGCCUAUCGUUAAGCAUUUGCCUUCUACAGGAAUAUUAGAUUUUUCUAAAAAGUCAGCAACUAAAACACCAGCGGGUAGAACUUCGCCAACGUCGUUGAUGAAACAAUGUUCAGUAGAAUCCGAUACGCAAACAAUUAAGAGUCCUGUAACUAUGAUUAUCGAUUACGAAGCUGUUCCAUCAAAAUUUUGUUUUAUUUUCAAGGAUUCGCCGGAUAGUCAUCUCGCCGAUAGCUGUAAUCCAAUCCAAUCAGAACCACAGCCUUCAUAUGUACUUUCUCACAAGGAUAAUACCAAUGAUGAUUUUGAUAAAUCGUUGAGUUCAAUCGAUGAUCCUUCGGAUCUGUCUUCCUGUGACGAAGAUGAAGAUUGUAUAAAAGAAAAGGAGAACAUCCCUAAAGAAAGUUAUAAUGAAGUAUAUGCAACUGAACGAACUUAUAUUGAAAAACUGCAUGUUCUCUGCUACGUUGUUCCGAGGAAAAUUGAAGAAAUCUGUAUGGAAGAAAAGACGUUCCUACGGCGAUUCAAGAAUGUAUACAGACCAUUGAAGAUUAUAUUAAAACAAAUAUACAAGUUUCAUCUUCGAGCCAUUCUACCACAUUUUGAACGAUACAGAUCGAGCAAUUACGCGGAUUACCUAUGGUCUGUUCUAGAGCACAAUUACCAGACAAUCGAAAGUUUAUAUAAAACAUAUUAUUUAACAUACGAGGAAAAUCAGCGAAAACUAAGUGAUUUGUGUAAACCUGGUUCUUUCUUAGACCGAGCAAUGCUACAAUGUCAAGUGUAUCUGGGAAAUUUAUACCCACUUACAGAACUAAAUUGUGCUAAUCAACGUUUAUUGGGGUAUAUUCUACUCAUGGACAAUCAUUUGAAACGUCUAAAUGCAAAUUCUGCGGUAUAUGAACAUAUAUCUUCUAUACGCGAUGGACUUCGACAGAUUGCCGUGCGAUGUGAAGAUGAACUAACAGUGUCCGAAAGACAGAUAAGGAAACUAAAAGCACGAUUCGAUAGUAAACUCGAUUACUUCAAACAACAACGACUUCUCUGGCAUGGCGUGCUGAAACGGCGAUCUCCACGUCGGCGAAUAGGUGUUGACCAAUGCUAUCUACUUCUAUUCUCGAAAUCUUUGCUUGUUUGCGAAGAAUCAGGCGAGAAACUUGAAUUCAAACGACAUUUAUCACUGGAAAACUUAACAAUUGAUAUUCUGGAGCCCGAACAAGUAGUAUCAAAUACAUUGAAUCCCAUCAAUCAACGCUAUUUGAAUGUGACCAUUUAUCCUUUUCGGGUGAAAGCUAUCGAAAAAUGUUAUGAGUUUCUCACCGAUAAAGAGCCUAACAGACAAAAAUGGAUCGGUUACAUAACGAAAGCAAGCGAAAAACUGCUCAAAAGAAGUCGGAUGCUUCCAGUUUCGUAUUCCUCCAGUCAAGAAGAGUUCGGUAUGCGUGCGCCUAUUUGGGUGAAUGAUAAUGACGUAAAACGUUGUCAAAUAUGCCAUGAGCGUUUUGGUUUUACAUUGAUACCUUCCCGUCAUCAUUGUCGUUCAUGUGGACGAUGUAUUUGUGCAUCCUGUUCGACCAAGAAACUCGUUUUGAAAUAUUGUGCUAGCAAAGGUCCGGCACGCGUCUGCGAUACAUGUUUUACUUAUGCGACUGGCACAACGAAAAAUACCGUGUCGCCAACAAAACGACUUCGUGAUCCCGAUCGAACGAUUCUUUUCGGCGAUUUUGAAAAUGUGCCAACAAGUGUUAUUGUUUGGAUUGAUUUACAAGAAGAUCAUUAUCUCUAUAUCUAUGAUGCAAAAUUAGAUCAGGUCGAAGAAUUUUCAAUCAAUCUCACUGAACUUUCUGAGAUGUCAAAGAAUGAGGAAACUUGCACAUUGAUAUUGAAUCACAAUGAGAAAGUGUACAGAUUUGCUUUAAGACCAAAUCAUCAACUUACGAUGAUCGAAAAUGAUCAAAUUAAUAAGAGUAAGAUGGAUUCUAACAAUAUAUCUUCGUUUUAUGUUAAACUGUGGUAUGAAGCAAUACAAUUAGCACGCUCUGCAACAGUGCCGACGUGGUACGAGCGAAAACGUCAUUCAGCUGACAGUGGAAUAGUUGCUAAUUAA